GUGUUUUGGUUACACAAUUGAUAACUGAUUAAAGAUUAUUUAUUCUAAUAAUGUUCUGAUAGUUACGGUGCAUUCUCAUAAGUACAGAUAAUCAGAUAAUGUGGAUAUGUGAUAAGUUGUAGUUGUAUCUAACUCACGUUUGCCGCAAACAGUGUUCAUACUAAACCCCAGAAUCUACACAAAAUUUAGAUUGUUUUCACUGAAAAAUGUCUCAAGACGAGGACCUAGAACAGAAUUUGAUUGGAGUGAUAGAUGCGGGUACCAGAACAGUGCAGUUUUGUGUGUUUCGGACUGAACAUACGAAAGAAAUAGCCAAACACACUGUAGACAUUACAACAGCUGUGCCCCAAGAAGGAUGGUCCGAGCAAGAUCCCAGGGAGAUCCUGAGAGCUGUAGAAACUUGUAUGGAAAAUGUUGCCAAAAGCCUUGGCUCUGAAGCAUCUGAAAACAUCGUAACUAUAGGUAUUACCAACCAGAGGGAAACGACGAUAGUAUGGGAUAAAACCACUGGAGAGCCUUUACACAAUGCAAUAGUAUGGAACGAUAUAAGGACAGAUUCCACAGUAGACAGGAUUUUAGCUAAAGUACCUGAACAAAAUACUAAUUACUUCAAAAACCAUUGUGGUCUUCCCAUAUCACCGUAUUUUAGCGCCUUUAAGAUAAAGUGGCUUAUGCACUAUGUGCCUCAAGUAAGGAAAGCGAUCAAAAACAAAACAUGUCUUUUUGGUACAGUCGAUAGUUGGAUCAUAUGGAAUUUGACCGGCGGUCCAAAUGGCGGCAAACAUUAUACGGACGUAACCAACGCUUCGAGAACAUUCCUAAUGAACAUUGAUCUUUUAAAUUGGGAUCCGUAUUUAUUGAGAUAUUUUAAAAUACCCGAAGAUGUUUUACCAGAAAUAAAAAGCAGUUCAGAAAUAUACGGUCAAGUGGCAGAAGACUGGCCUUUCGGAGGAGUAUACAUUUCAGGAGUUUUAGGAAACCAACAAGCUUCUCUUUUGGGUCAAAGAUGUCUGAAAGAGGGUCAAGCAAAAAAUACGUAUCGAAGUGGUUGUUUUCUGCUAUAUAAUACAGGUACUCAGAAAGUGAUGUCUACGCAUGGUCUAGUAACAACGGUAGCUUACAAAUUUGGAGAUUCGCCGGCAGUAUACGCGUUGGAGGGCAGUGUGGCCGUUGCUGGAGCUGCGAUAAAAUGGUUGCGGGACAAUAUGGGCUUCUUAAAGGACGUCGAUAAGGACACCGAAUCGCUGGCACAAGAAGUAUUCAACACCGGGGACGUGUAUUUCGUUCCGGCCUUCAAAGGACUCUAUGCUCCAUAUUGGAGAAAAGACGCUAGAGGGAUCAUAUGUGGCUUAACGGCCUUCUCGACCAAACAACACAUCAUAAGGGCGGCUCUGGAAGCCAUUUGUUUCCAAACCAGGGAUAUUUUACAAGCGAUGAACAAAGAUUGUGGAAUACCUUUGACUAAGCUACGUGUAGAUGGAAAGAUGUCGGAAAAUAAUCUACUGAUGCAAUUACAAGCCGACAUAAGUGGAAUACCUGUGAUACGCGCCGAAUCAGAAGACAUUACAGCUCUGGGCGCAGCCAUGGCAGCUGGAGCUGCAAAAGGCAUCGACAUAUGGGAUAUCAAUUCAGAAGAACGACAGCUAGUUCCAAUAAAUACAUUCCUUCCCACAUCGACUGAAAGUGAAAGAGAUUACAGAUACAGCAAAUGGAAAAUGGCGGUUCAGAGAUCGUUAGGGUGGGCCGUUCCGAAGAAAUCUAAGAUAAUGACAGAGGAACGGUACCGUCUUCUAUCGAGUCUUCCAGGGUGUAUUUACAUUAUGGUUAGUUUCGGCAUGUUGGCUGUGGCAGACUUAUUGGCGUAACAGAGCUGAGAUGAAAUUAUUUUUAGGUAUUAAUAGUGUGAUUUUAAAAAUCCAUAGACUGUCUUGUUUUUAUUGUUUUACCACUUUUUACUAUGUAUAAUAACUUAUAUUUAAACUCAAAUAUUGAUGUACUUAUAUUUUGUUACAAUCUUUUGUUAUAUUGUUUGUUAUGGGUUUAUUUUUGAAAAUAAAGCAAUAAAAUAGAUGAAAAUUUAAAAAUAAAA